AUGGCGAAGAUUCAAAUUGAAAUUCUGCUGAAUUUCGAGCGGUUCGAGGACAGCGGGCGGAUCAGCUACGAAGUUUUGUAUCAAAAUGCAGUGAAAGACCGUUUGGAGUGUCCGUAUUGCGCCGAAACGAUUGACAUCAAAUUUGGCAUUUUCGAGGAAUUUUUGGAUGAUGACACAAAGAAUGACGACACAUCGACUUUUUUGAACGAAUUUCACGCAGAUUUGGCGGAAAAGAGGCCUUUGGAGGACAAUUACGUCUCGGAUUCGGAUGAAACUUUAUCGACAGGCACUUUGUUGAACAUGAAAUACCAAAAAGAAAUCGAAGAAGCAAUUUCUUGCAUGAAAAUCGACACUCUUGACGAGGCAAGUCUCAUUAAUUUCAUCGAAGAAACCACAAAAAUCAUCGAACCAGAGGAGAUUCUUUUAAACGAGCCAAUUUUCGAACCCAUUAAAGUCGAAUGUGCAUCACCGCAGUUGUUGGAUCCCGAUUCCACAAAAUUAUUAAGCGACGAAGAAGAAAAAGUUGCCAAACCCGAGCCUUCCAUUUGUCACAUUUGCCCGUGCAAACGAAUUUAUAAAGUCGAAAAAUUCUUCCUGAAGCACAUGAAGCAAUAUCAUCCGGAUUUUGCCUUAGAAGACUGUGAAAAAAUCCAAAAAAUCGAAGAUUUUGAUGGAAUUAAGCCAAAACGCGAUGGAAGUCGUCCCAUUCAUCGAUGUAAUGUCUGUGAGAAAGUUUAUUGGUCUCGUCGAAGUUAUCGGCGGCAUAUGGUGACAACCCAUCCGGAUGAUGCAAAACGUCUGAAUUUACAAGCCAAAACUUAUCGAUGUCAGUAUUGCAGUAAAGUUUAUUUUACUUCGGAGCUUUUGAAUCAACAUUUGUUGCUGCAUGUCAAUCCAGAUCAUUAUCAGUGCGGGAAUUGCAAUAAAUCGUUCGUUACUCACAAUAAUUUGAAGAGACAUAUAAAUGCUGUGCAUCUCGGGAUUAAAAGUUUUAUUUGUGAAGUUUGUGGCGUGAGGUUUAAUCAACGUUACUCCCUUCGCUUGCAUCAUCAAGAGCUCCAUGGCACCGGAUUCGGUUACGAAUGCAACGAAUGUGGCAAAAUUUACGGAACCAAAGACAAACUCAAAAUUCACAUCAAAUGGACUCAUCUCGGUUACGGCAAAACCAACUGCAAAAUCUGCGGAAAGACGUUCCUCAUCAACAACAUUAAGCGCCAUUUACGCGACGUUCACAAAGAAGGCAAACAACUCGAAUACCCGUGUCGCUUUUGCGAGAAAAUCUUCAAUCGUCGUGCUUAUCGAGACAUCCACGAAUGCACGCACACUGGCGAAAAGCGGUAUUCUUGCAAAAUUUGUCACGAGCGUUUCACGGACCCGGGCUACAGAUACGCGCACAUGCGGAAAUGCCAUUCAGAUGAAUUCGAGCAACGAAAAAGACGAAAAGUGAACAAAACCAAAGUUGAAAAUUGAUGCCAAAGAGCUUUUUUUUUCUAUAGGAAAACCAAAGAUUUAAUACCAAAGUGCAAAUUAUACUAAUUUUUAACUUAUGAUAGAUUAGAGACUUAAACAGUUAUUAGAU